AUGGGAUGUGAUGUUGUGUAUCUAGACUCUAGACUCCAGAGAGAAAAUGCUUCGGUUCGCUUAGGUUACACGCAUAGAAUUGGGCUACGUAGGCUAGGAGGUUACACAAGCCCGAAAGCCGUGCCAAGACUCGUACAAGUCCGUAAUCAUUUCAUGGGGAUCUUGCUAUUAUUGUCACAUACCUAUCCCAGCAAGAUAUAUAAAUUCUGGGGUGCCAAGAAGUCGCGCAGUACAGCACCAAAUGCAUGCUCUGUACAUAGACUAGUAGGUCGGGAGAAGAGGAAAUACUAA